UGUAAUUAUACUUUGAAUGUUAUUCAUUUGUUUCAGGACAUGUAUUGGAUUCUCACACUUGGUACAUUCAUUUCGGCGGCCUUUAGUUGCAUAGAUAACAAUGAUAAAUGCAUCGGGUAUGUUUAUAAAUACAACCCAUGCGACAGUUCAACGUAUUACCAUUGCGUCCAUGGAGGCUGGAUUCAGCAGCCUUGUCCUCCAGGUACAGAAUGGACUCAUCAAGUUAACACAUGUGUGACUGGAUAUAAUACAUCAUGUCCUUUUGAUCCUGCUUCGACAGCUUCAUGUAUAACUCUGCCUCCGACGACAGCUGUUACCAUAAACAAUUCGGAACAGUGUCCUAAUGUUCCCCCCGGAAUAUGUAUGUGUCCAAAAUCUCCCAAUCCAAAAUAUAUCAACAUCACAAGGGAAGAACUGCAAGAGAUAUUGGAAGAACUUAAAAGAGAACUGGUACUAAAGAAAAGUUCACUGGCUAUGCAUAUCCGUAAGAAAAUAUCAGCCAAGGACAACCGUACAUCGUCACAGAUAAUGGGAUACACAGGUGCUUUAAUGCUUGGCACGCCCAUUCUCAUCAUCGUAAUGUCUGACGUGGUCGAUUUGUUCAGGUUUCUGUUAUCUUAUAGACGAAAGAGAACUGUUUCCGUUCUCAUAGUUUGAUGUCUAGCACACCGGAAUAUCUUUGUUAUGAAAUGCAGAUAAAAAGUCCAUCUGUACGGCUACAAGACAUGUAUACAAAAUACACAUCUCAGCACUACAACUUAACCACACGUCAUCAGAACAUAUAGGGACAAUUUAAGGCACCUAUCGUCAUAAUAUUAUACAGAUUGUAUGGCACAGUGACUCUGAUGAUUAGGGAUGCUGGAACUUGGACUUAAAAUAUUUGCAUUUGCAUAAUUUCUUGUAAAGUAACAGUGUUAUACCAACAAAAUGACGUCACACAGUCGUAUGGCUAUUUCAAACCAGCAUAGAAUUAACGAAAAUUUAAUAAUAUUAUUCUGGUUUAUUUUGAUUUGGGUAUACUCAGAUCAUAGGUUAAAUCCAUACACUCAAUAGCAGUGGAAUUCAUUACCAGUGAGACAAUCACAGUGAGUUUCCCAUUGCUAUUUAAACCGAAUAUCCUGGUUACCUCGAACUGCUUAUGGUAUAUGGCAACGCGUGACGCAUUGAAUACGGCCCACAUUACUUGAACAAUGGAGGUCUGAAACUUACACCGCCAUGGUACGUUCGACUAGUGCAAGUUAAAUUACAAUCAAUAAAUCAGCGAUUAAUUUACCAGAUCUUAUAAUUAUUGUACUCUGAUAUGAAUAUCAAUAAUUCAGCAAUAAAUGCAUAUUGAUUUUAAUCUAUAAGUAUAGCUUGAUUGGUGUGUUUUAUCAAGUGCUUUUACUAUUAUUGUUGUUGUAAUUUUUUUUAAUUAUCUUAUUUAGUUAUUUUUAUGAAUAUGAUAUCAAUAUAUAUGUAUAUCUCCGUUUCUGUCUCCAGUAAUUCUUUCUUGUUAAAGAAAAGGUCUAAGCAUGUCCACGCCAAAUCGCUUUUCUAACCUAUCUAUACUGUCACACAACCCACAUGUUAUGCGGUGAAUUUGACCAGGUAUUAUUUUUUCUGUCCCUAAUGUGAUAUACCUUUUAACCUUUUUUAUUGACUGUGCAAGUCAAAAAUCCACUGUGACGUCAUACAUAUGACUCGUUUCAUAGUAUUUUAUAUGAAAUGAUAGCUCAUUUAAAAGUUUAUGCAUAUAGCGAUGACAAAUCGUUUAUGUGAAACUGGGAUUCCUAAUGACCCCGACACUAGAAAUUGCUACUAUUGUUAAGCAUGCUCACAUCUCAGAAAUACAAUACACGAUUUACAAUACAUCCAGUCGUGGAAACGUUAGAUAAUUCGAAUAAGAUACAAAUGUGCUAACCCAAACAGGAACCUCGUUAUAUAUUAAUGAUUAACAGGAAAAGCAAUACCUGUAUGCCUGAAAACUAAGUAGAUCUGAAGCUUACAGAAAUAUUAUGAUGAUUGGCAUUACAUUAUUUACACACGUUUUCCUACACUGUUAACACUAUAGCAAUUGACUGUAUAUGGAUGUUAUGUUUCACAUAUAUAAUUUGCAUAAAGGUAUGUACUUGUUGUGAGGACGUGUCAUAAGGACAGUGUUUGUAAGCAGAUUAAUUAUUAUUUUUAAGGAGAUAUGAUUAUUUGAACGGAAGGAUAUGAUUAUUUGUAUGGGGAGAUAUAAUUAUCUGUAUUGGGAGAUUUAAUCAAAUUUGUAUGGAAAGAUGUGAUUAUUUGUAUAGAUAUAUACUGUAUGAAUACUUGUAUAGAGAGAUUAUUGUAUGGGGAGAUAUGGUAGGUUGUAUCGAGAUAUAUACUUAUUGGUAUAGAGAGAUAUCAUUGUUAUGAUGCAAUAUCAUUAUCUGCCCAGAGAUGAAGUUUGCAUGGAUAUCUGUUUGAUGGGGAAUUGUGCAUUGCAUGUAGAGAUAUGGUUUGCAUUUGGAUGAAUUAAGAUUUGCAUAGAGAGAUAUCUUGAGAGAAGUUAUGUUGAUAUCGAUAUGGUUUCAAUGUGGUGAUUGUACAAGGAACAGCCAGGAUCCUGCUUAAUUGUAAUCAUAUGUUACUCUAAAAAAUAAAAAUUAAAAAAUUAAGUCGCCGCAAAAA